CUAGACCUUUGUUCUAGUUCCCUUUGCUUCCUUAAAAACGAAGGUGAUUGGGCCAUUUCUUAGUGAUCGACUGAAUCUGCCUUAACGUCUACUUAACACGAUUAUCUAAAGGCAUUGCUUAUUAGGACUUGCUGUCGGCAUUGAAAGCUACUGCCCUCUUUUAUUUCCUUAGAAAUUUACCAAUUCACAACAAGCACCGAAGUUAAAACCAAAUAUGCAGGAGAGACUGUACGGAAGGAUGUAUCUAGGACGAAAGAAAACCAAGUAAACGAUAGACUCAUAAGGAAAUGAACGCACGUGAUCACGGACACCAUAGUGUGGAAAGAAUUUCCAUCGCGUGUGUGUUAGUUUAUCGAUAGAAGAGUGUGGUGCUGAUUCUUCAUGUGUUUGUCGAAAUGACACCGGCCAAUAAGCCUCAGGUUUGCUUUUCCUUUUUGACGGGUAAAAACCUUUGUGUAAGCAAUCGGCUCUGCAGUGACCUUUAAACACAUUUUUUCUCUUUUGCAAUGUAAAAUACGUGUCUUUCUUAAUGGUAUUUUGUAGUAAAGCUGUCGAACGGCGUAGAUAAUAGAAAUAUGCAUUAUAGGCUUAGAUAACGAGCAACUUCAUGACGACAAAAGUGAUACGCUGUGGCAAUAGGUUACGUUAGAUAAACAAAUACAACACUAUCGACGAAAUGAUAGUCAAUGUCACGUUACUUAAGCAAAAAUCGAGUUUGUUCAGUUCACUCAGUGAACAGUCACACGACAAUUCCCCAAAUACUUAAAAGAACAAUCGCAGGUUAACAUUUAAAAUGGAAAGUCCGUCGUCUACAUCGAUGACUUUUGUCAUCCUGGUUCUAUUCCAAGUGUGCUUGGGGCAGUUAGUUUCAGCUGGUUUUCCAUUUGAUCGUCAGCAACGCCAUUUCGUAAAAGAGGUAUUCACCUGUCCUCCGAAGGAUGGAUUUUAUCCUAUUCCAAAUGUUUGCACAGGGAGUUACUAUUCUUGCGUUAAUCAAGUUGCAUAUGAAAUGUCUUGCCCGGGAGAUUCCGUCUUUGAUCCAGCGGUGAACGUUUGUGUUCCAGCAGGCCAAGCUACAUGUCAAGUAUUCCAGUGCCCCGCGCAAGGUGGAUUUUACCAUAUUCCUGGAACAUGUGGAAAUAGUUAUUACUCGUGUGUCGAAGGCAUUCCUUAUGUGAUGACUUGCCCAGGAACUUCCAUUUUUGAUCCAAUAGUGGGCGUUUGUGUACCAAAAGAAGUUGCAUCGUGCUUGACUACCUCAACGACCACGCCAUCGUCAUCCGACACAACCACCACCAAGUACUCGACUAUUCCCACUGGACCUACACCGACAAUCGCUCCAUUCACUUGCCCUGAUGCAUUUGGAUUCUAUUCUACUGGUAUCCCGUGUGACGACCAAUUUUGGAGAUGCUCUAACACUUACGCCUACCUUAUGACGUGCCCACCAACUACCAUUUGGAAUCAGGCAACAACAGUUUGUGACUACCCUUUCGCUGUUCCCGGAUGUGGUUAACGUUUAUCAAGGACUUCUUUAGAUUUCAUUAUUGGUUAUCCCUCAUUCGAAACCUGAUGAGCUACGAUUUUAUUUUUUAAAUAAAUUUAAACGCCGACUGUUAAAAAAUAGAGCACAACAUUGAAAAUUGGU